UGAUUGGUGGAGAAAGAGGAAGUCAGCGUGUGUGUGCAAGGCAAACAUAAGAAAUGUGCAAGCGAAUUUACAUUUCCAGAGCUUCGCGUUUAGCAUUUGGCGUAGUUGAGCGUUUUUAAUCAACUUCAUUAAUUCAGCAACAGAUCACUUUCUUCGUUUUGCUGUCUUUUUUUGAAGACUUGAUAAGGAAGUGUUCACUGAUUGGUUGUUCCCGUUUGUCAUUCAACCGGCCGUCCUUCAGUUACGCAAACCUGUCAUGUCUUUCAGCUGUCGAUUUGCUUGCGAGUUUAUACAACGGUGAUAAAUUGGUAAUAUAUUGAUUUGUGGUAGUGCGUAGUGUCAGUCAUAAAGAACAAGAAAAGGGGAUGAUACAACCGACACAAAGUUUGUGUAUAGGAUCCAGCAUCUCAAUGACAUCACAUGAGGGAGAGGGAUGGGGAGGCAUGAACCUGUCACCCCACCUACACACAGAUGAGUGUAAUGAGUUCAUAAAGCGCUUGAAGCAGUGCCACUAUGAGCAUAACGUCCUGAGGUUCUUUGGGACAUGUAAUGAUGUUGACCGUGCCAUGCGUCACUGCCUUAAGAAUGAGGCACUGGAAAGGCGGGAGCGCAGCAAACUGCAUGCACAAGCCAUGAAAAAGAGGUUGAAAGAAGGACUCAAGGAGCAGCUCUGAAAGACACUUAUACUCCAGAUUUGCAUCCAAGUGUCCAGAUGAGAUGCGGGAAUAAGCAUGCCUUGCAGUUUUUGGGGUUUCCAAACUGUGGAUGCAAAAACAUGUUACGUCUACCAUUAAUGUGACCAAUAAUCAGUAUAACUCCAAAGAUUGAAAACUGUUUUGAAAUUGAGUUGCACAAAUUUUUCAUCACAUAAAUGAUGAAAACAUUUUGAAAUGAAUUAACUUUGGUGUCUUUACAAAACCUGGCAUUAAAGUAUGAGUGUAUAUAUAUAUAUAUAUAUAUAUAUAUAUAUAUAUAUAUAUAUAUAUAUAUAUAUAUAUAUAUAUAUAUAUAUAUAUAUACACAGUGUAUAGGCUCAUUUUUGAUCGACAACAACUACCCCUGUUUGUCAUCUCAAACUGCAAUGCAUCCUACUGAGAGCUGCUGCUAAUCUUUUUCUUCUUUAGUUAAGUGAGAAGGCAAUAUUAGUAACACCUCUUCAUAAUGUGCAUCUAUAUAUUUUUGCUGAUGGUUUAUUUAGGCAAUGAAAAGCAGUUCCACUCUCAAUGUAUGGAUGGUGAAUCACAUUGAUUCAUGUUAUUUCUUUCAAAUAAAGUGUGUUCAUAUUCAAAGAAA